CGAUGAAACAACAAUUCAGCCAUUCGCAGAUUCACAACAUUGCCAUCUGAUUGAGCUUGUAAUCUUAUUGUAUAGGCCGACAUGUCUGCUGGGCAAAAUGGUGAAACCCCACCUUUACAUGUUCACUCGACAAGAUGUUGAACACCCGCCUAAAACUGUUCAUUAAUGAAAUGCAAAGAAUGAUUUAGGAGAAUUAUAUCUGUUAGAUGACUAAAUUGUAAACAGUAAACACAUCUAAAGGCUUGAUUAUGAGCUGUGGAUAGACUUAGAGGCCACUAUGACGAAGAGUUGUGCAUCGUGAAUGAAGAUUUAAUUCCAGUCAAUCACAAUCUAUUUCUAAUUAGCCGUUGAGAAACGGAGUGGGAUUACAGGCACUCAUCAUUUACAAAGCGAGUAGCGGAGCAUUAGCGCAUGCUGUGUGUCUAAGCUGGAUUUACAGCGGACUGACCACCGCUUGCCCUCUGCCGUCCUCGCAUGUGCGCUCGUAUCUGUUGAGGUCGGCGCUCAGAGACCCACACACAAGAUACGAGCGAGGGGUCCAUGCCGCCGCAUGCACCGCAGGCCACGCCAUGGAGUUAACACUGAGGGUUCCUGUGAAGAACAUACCAUGGAGGAACAACAACCUGAGCCUGGUGCACACGGACCCCCCGCUGUCAGAGCAAGGAGAGACCGUCAUCGGAGUGUAUCUCCUGGUGCUUGGAUGGCUCUCCUGGUUCGGCAACAGCUUGGUGAUAUUUGUCUUAUACAGACAGAGGGCAUCACUGCAGGCCACAGACUUCCUCACUCUUAACCUCGCCUUCUCCGACGCCAGCAUCUCAGUGUUUGGCUACUCCAGAGGAAUCCUGGAGAUAUUCAACCUCUUCAAGGAUGACGGAUACCUGAUCACCUGGAUAUGGACCUGCCAGGUAAAGGCAUCACCCACACCUUUCCUUAGCAUUCGCUCAAGCCUGAUUAUGGUUGAUGCUGACCGCUGUGGCUCCUGUUUCUCCCGUCUCCAGGUGUCCAUCGUGAUCUGCACAGCGUUCGUCUUGGCCUGGUCCCCCUACGCCGUGGUGUCCAUGUGGUCCGCCUGGGGCUUCCAGGUUCCCAACACCACUAGCAUCAUCACCCGGCUCUUCGCCAAGUCCGCCAGCUUCUACAACCCGCUCAUCUACUUUGGCAUGAGCUCCAAGUUCCGCAAGGAGGUGGCGGAGCUGAUGCCGUGCAUCCGGAGGAGCCGCGAGGUGGUGCGGCUGAAGCACUUCCAGACCCUCGGACCCAGAGCCGAGGCGGACCCGGGGGGAGCCCUUCGUGUUCAGAAGCCUGGGAGCAAAUACGCCGUUUCCGAGCCGAACCCGAAGAACCCGUACGUCGACCAGGGGGUGACCGGCCCGCCUCCGAACCCGGCCCUCACGCGAAGGGAGGGCGUCGGCGGCGAUUUGCCCUCGCACAUCGAAACGUCACAAUACUGGUGCGACAGACUUUGAAAGAUGGCCGGCGCCGCCCGCCUUGAAUAUUUGACUUGGAAUAAACUUGAAUUACACUGUACUUGAAUUAUAAAAAAAGGCAAACAUUUUAUUCUGUGGUCCCGCCAACACCGACAACCUGUGUAUGUAAGCCUUUUAAUAACGACAUUCCAAUCCUC